AUGGUGCUGGUUUGGACGUACCUCCUUGCACACGGAGGGAAGAAACGGCGACCAAAGGGGGAUGAGGACGAGGAUGAGGAUGAGGAGGAGGAGGGAGGGGAGGGCGGGGGAGCACAGAAGGGAGGGUCUCAGGAGGAAGAGGAGGAGGAGGGACCGGCAGUGGCUUUGGAGUUUGUGGAGAGUCAUACGGAGCUGGUGGAUAAGCUAGUACGCGGCUACAAGCAGAAGGAUGUUGCUCAGAAUUCGGGCCUCAUGCUGAGAGAAUGCCUGCGCUCGCCCAAACUCGUCAGCCACACGCUGCAGUUCUCGAAUCUCGAUAUCAUCAUGGGCGGCUGUGACUUGCAGAACUUUGACACUGCCUCUGACGCCUUCCUCACCCUCAAGGACCUGUUGAAACAGCAUCCGACUGUGGCAGCAGAGUUUCUGAUGACCAACUUUGACGAUUUCUUCAAGCGUUUUGAUCUGCUACUCAACUCCGACAACUAUGUCACGAGAAGACAAGCAAUCAAGCUCCUGGGGGAGCUUCUGCUGGACCGGGCGAACAUGCAAGUGAUGAUGCGAUACAGUGGAGAGGCACACAAUUUCAAGAUCAUGAUGACUCUCAUCAAGGACCCCAGCAGGGCCAUUCAAUACGAGGCAUUCCAUGUGUUUAAGAUAUUUGUGGCGAAUCCGCGGAAGCCAGAGAAGAUUGUGAAGUUGUUGGCGCGCAACAAGGAGAAGGUAAAAUUCCUCAAUGACUUUGAGAUUGACAAAGAGGAGGAAGAUUUUGAGGAGGAAAAGGAGAUGCUUAUAAGGGAGAUACAGAAUGCCCAUUACCCUGGUCUUGGAUGA